AUGUGGUGGAAUAAAAAAGAGGACAAACCUGCGGAUGUGGAGACAGAACAGACCGCCAGGGUGGCCGUGAACCAGCAAGCGCCUAACACACAGAAACAGACGCAACAACCACAAACAAGGGAGCAGGAGGAGAGAGCUGAGCGGGAGGAACGGGCCGAAAAAUCGCAACAGGCUGUCAGAGACAUGCUCUCGUACAAACAGCAGGAUUCGACCCAGCGAUUCAACACAAAGCCUGAGGCCCGGAUUCUGUCUGUGGUCAUCGCCACCACGUCCUUUGGCUUUCUGUCAGGAUUCUACACUGGAUACAAGCGUAAUGCUCUCCGAUUUCUGGCAGAAAAUUCGCACAGAAUGCCCAAAACGGUUCAGGGAUGGUACUACUACCACAAGAACAAAAACUAUCACGUUCUGUCCGGUGGAAUGGCUCUGGGCUUCAAGUAUGCCGCUACAAUGACUACCUGUGGUAUUGCAUUUUUUGGUCUGGAGGCCUACCUUGAUCAUGCCAGAGGAACCAUUGAUUUCUUCAACACCCUGGCAGCAACCAUAGCCGCAGGAUCGGUCUACUCCCUGUGGUAUCGGCUGUCUAAGCAGCAGACUUUUAACACUCUUCGACGAGGAGCUGCGGCUGGUCUGGCUCUGGGACUGGCCCAGGAUGGGCUCAGAUAUGUUCGAGGCAACGAUCUGUGGUACCUGCCCAGCUCACUGAACCACGAGAAGAAGCAUAAGGAGGAAGUUAUGCAUGCAUAA